AUGGCCAGUAAAGCCGCCAUCCGACGGCUGACAAAAGAGGCGCAGCUGAUGGAAAAGGAUCCGCCGCCGCUCGUCUACGCCCGACCCAAGGAGGACAACAUCCUCGAGUGGCACUACAUUCUUCGCGGCCCGCCCGACACGCCGUACGCGGGCGGAGAGUACCACGGCCAGCUCAUCUUUCCUCCCGAGUUCCCCUUUAAGCCGCCGGGCAUCAAGAUGUCGACCCCGAGCGGCCGAUUCAAGCCCGACACCAAGAUCUGCACCUCGAUGUCCGACUACCACCCGCAUACGUGGCAACCCGGCUGGAACACGUCGACGAUCCUCAUCGGCCUGCUGAGCUUCAUGUGCUCGGACGAAAUGACGACGGGCUCCGUGACGGCCUCGGACGCCGAUCGGCGCACCCUGGCCGCAAAGAGCCACGAGCACAACCUCGCCAACCGCCGUUUCUGCCAGAUCUUCCCCGAGUACGCCGUGCGCGACGGACCAAAGGACCUGCCCAACAUGGGCGAGUGGAAGAAGACGCAGCAGGCUGCGACUGCCUCGGCGGCGGCGGAGGCGGUGCAAGGUGAGGGUCAGCCGCAAGCGCAGGCGUAG